AUGGCGGAAUCAACUCCAGUAACCCCUCUCGAAAAGGAUUUUCCGUUUGAGAUCAUCUCCCAUCUAAUCCCAAUUACCCCAUUCCGCGAGUACCCCCACGCUAUAAUCGACGAACAGAAAGGCAUCCGCCUCUCAGUAAAGCAAUACAUUCCGCUCAAGGCAGAGACCCCAUCAUCUAACACCCAAGACCCGAUCACUAUCAUCGUAUCAGGAGGCGUGGGAUUCAUCAAAGAGAUCUACGAACCAUUCUUCGCCGAACUACUCUCCCGAACAAACAAGUCCAACGUUACUAUCCGCUCGAUAUGGAUAGCAGACAUGUUCAACAUGGGCGAAAGUGCAAUUGCAAACCUAGAAAACCUAGGCUGUGAUCCAACCUGGAUCGAUCAUUCCCGCGAUCUGUGGAGUAUGAUCAACCAUUUCCAUACUCAAAUGCCGAAGCCGAUCAUUGGUCUCGGCCAUUCUGUCGGAUGUAAUCAGCUGCUUUGUCUGUCAUCAUGGCACCCGACUUUAUUCCAUUCUUUUGCUUUUGUCGAGCCGGGCAUUGAUCCGAAUUAUGGACGGGAGAUGGGCAUUCAAUGGGUGUAUCAGAUGUUGCAGCGUAAGGAAUCGUGGCCCACCCGGGAAGAGGCCGAAAUCAGGGGUGUCAAGGCUCAGGGUGCUGGUGCGUGGGGUGAGAAGGUGCGAUCUCGGCUGAAAGUAUAUGGCGUUGUUCAAACAGGCACAAACUCAGAAGCUGGCAGUUGGGCUUUGACCACACCCAAAAAUCAGAUUGCGUCUCUUGUAUUCCGGCACAAUCCAGGGAAUGUGGGGUUGGAGCCCGGUGGACUUGAUGAAGUCACGCUGGCACAGCGGGAGAUUGUCCCUGAUAGUAACCCUGCCGAUCGUUACGAGGGCCCAUUCUACAGGCCAGAAAUGCGGUUGGGGUGGGAUUUACUACCUGGAAUGAGGCCUUGGGUUCUGUAUGUGAAUGGAGGUAAAUCGCCGCUUUUUGGUAACCCUGUUGUUCGGGAGCAGAGGGCGAGAAUCACAGGCACUGGUGUUGGAGGUAAUGGUGGUAUGAGACUGGGCGCUGUUAGACAAGUUGUUAUUGAGGAUGGGGAGCAUACUAUGCCUUUUGAUCGCAACUUGAACAAUUUGGCUGACCAUGUCGGAAAUUGGUUGGUGACGGAGUCUCAGCGUUGGACUGAUGGCCCAAAGAGACGUCGCGUUGAAUGGCAAGCAAAGAGCCUGAAAGAGAAGCAGUCUGUGAGCAAGGAGUUUGUUGACGCGGUAUCCUCAAUUAUGGGGCAAAAGAGAGCCGAAAAACUGUAA